UUAUGAUUGCCAUCAAGAUAAAGCAACAACAACAAACUCAAUAGAAUGCGUAAAAUAAUCAAGAUAUUAGUAAUUUUGUAGAAAAUAUUAUUAGCCUAAACGGGUGCUUGGAAAAGAGCCUUGAGCGAUCAACAAGAAUUCAAUGAUGCCUUUCCCCCUGAUUUAAAAAACCUUAAGAUCACAUUUCCAGACAAUAAAAAUAUCCUCUAUUUCGAAGUCGAAGUGAGACCAGAUCACAGCUUCUGGGCUGGCGGCGUGAUUGUGUUCACUGUUUCAAUCUCUCUAGAAUAUCCUAUGGUCCCUCCCAAAGUUUUGUGCAAGAAGGUAGAAUUUUAAAUGAUAAUCUCUUAGAAAAUAUUCCAUCCCAAUAUUGAUUUGGAAGGCAAAGUUUGCUUGAAUAUCUUGAGAGAAGAUUGGAGACCUGUAAGCAGUUUGAAGGACGUGAUUUUUGGAUUAUAGAUGUUGUUUACAUAAUUAACAAAUCCAACUGAUCCACUAAACAAAGAUGCAGCAGAAUUGAUGUUGAAGGAUCAAUAAUAAUUUGCUCAAGUUGUGAAAUCCACAAUGAAGGGAGGCUCAUACGGAGGAUAAUUGUUUGAGAAAAUCGCAUGAUUUUUUAAUAUAUAAAUAAAUGGACACACA